CUAUCGCGCUCUUCUGUGGAUGCAAGCACCAGCACACGAACAGAAAACAAACCCAAGCAAUGACAUUAUUUGCAACGAUACGACAGAAUCACACCACUAUCUGACAACUUGAAACAAUUACCUUCCUCUUCUGCUCGCUGUUUGCCGCUUCCUCUCAGACUCAGUCCAGCCCUGUGCCCAGAGGCUUGUGUAGAAUCAUGAUGCUCAGCAGCUCAGUGGAUGUACCCAGCCCAGGGGGGAUGAGCGAAGUGGCGACCAGGAAUGUGCUGCGCAGUUCCAGCAUCAGUGGGGCCAUGUACAACUUGGAGAAGAGCCCCAGCAGCAUGGGGACUGAUGCCACAGGCCUGGCAGGAAACAAAAAGCGUCGCUCCAGUCUGGGAGCCAAAAUGGUGGCUAUUGUGGGGCUGUCUCAGUGGAGCAGGAGCACUCUCCAACUCAACCAGCAAGAUGGUGGAACAAAGAAGCUACGCAGCACUAUCAGGCGGAGCACAGAGACAGGUAUUGCUGUGGAGAUGAGGAACCGUGUCACACGGCAGGGCAGUAAGGAUUCGACAGAUGGCAGCACCAACAGCAACAGCUCAGAGGGAACGUUCAUCUUCCCCACCACUCGUCUGGGCCCUGAGAGCCAAUUCAGUGACUUCCUGGAUGGUCUUGGCCCCGCCCAGAUAGUGGGGCGUCAGACAUUAGCCACUCCUCCAAUGGGUGAUGUUUACGUUGGUGUGGUGGAUAGAGGUGGUCAAUUAGAAAUUGAGAUCACACAGGCCCGAGGCUUGACACCUAAACCAGGGUCAAAGAACAUUCAAGCAACGUAUGUGAAGGUGUAUGUCCUGGAGAAUGGAAUGUGUCUCUCUAAGAAGAAAACCAAAGUGGUGAAGAAAACCCUGGAUCCAACAUUCCAGCAAUCCCUGAUGUUUGAUGAGAGUCCUCAGGGGAAAGUGUUACAGGUGAUCGUAUGGGGCGACUACGGCCGCAUGGACAGCAAGUGUUUCAUGGGAAUGGCUCAGAUCCUCUUGGAUGAUCUUGACUUGUCAUCAAUGGUGAGCGGCUGGUACAAGCUCUUUCCUACCUCCUCUAUGGCGGAUCCAAGCAUCGGCCCUUUGACGCGCCGCCUCUCCCAGUCUUCAAUCGAGAGCGCCACAAGCCCCUCGUGCACCUAAACACCGCCGAGAGAUCCAGUCGUCCACGUCCCCUCUAAAUAUGCCUGUGUUCUCUAUCUCUAUGUGUGUAUCUUUGUUCAAUAUACCCCGCCAUACAGACCCCAAAAGCAUGUACACACACUCUGAUAGAUAUAACCAACUCGCCCAGGGCUGCAAAGCUCCUAU